GUGUUCGAGCAGCAUGGUCACCAGGAAGUGGGGUCCGUUUGAGCACAGAUACAGAUUAUAGCAAGUAGACUAUGGGCCAUCCUCUACUUUCACAGAAGAGUCUGAUGAGGUUGUCAUCCCUACUUACAAUGGAGGUGUGUCAAAGAGUAAUGAUAGAUCUAGGAAUGUCUGCAGACAGAAUCACUAUCACCAGGCGAGAAGCAAACAAACAGUACAUGCCAGAGGAGUUUCUGCUGUUACUGACGUGGUGCCAGGGUGUCCGGGGAACCAAGGACGACUGUGACGUCAUCAAGGACAUAGAGGUGGCUUUGCAGCAUAUAGGGAGGAGAGAUCUGGCUUUGAAAAUAGCUAAAGCCAGAAAAGAAAAAAGGGAAUUUGAUAACCAGGAUGUUUACGAUUAA